AUGAGGCUGACGUAUGCUGGCGUCAGCGGGGUGACAGAUGACGAUUUAGACCCAGGGUCUAAGAAGGGACGGGGAGGGACAGAAAAGAAUGUGAACUUGCUGAUCAGUCGGGGGAAAGGAUCAACCGGCGAUGGCCCGUCCACCGUGAUGAUACAAACAAUUCUCGGCAGCCCCGACAAGAAGCCGGAGACCCAAGGGUGUGGCGGGGUUUUCGCCGGGGCAGGCGGCCGCGUGCCGUCUGCCGCGUCAAAAGAUCGGCUCGAGAAGGAGUUUGAUGGAUUCGGGUGGGAUAAUGGGCAACUAGAGCGGGCCCGCUGGAAGGGGCGGGAUGGGCUGAAAAGCACGCGGCCGUAG